AUGAAUUACUCUUCAGCCAAAGUAUAUGAGAAAGAGCUCAAUGCCCUCAUUGCAGAGACAACCCAAACAAGUGAGCAAUUGCUUCGAGAACAAGAACAAAAAAUUGAGUCCACAUUAAAUGAAAUUAUUCAAAGUGUCAAGAGUAUGGCCCAAGAGAAUGAUUUGGUUCAAAUCACAUCUGAUUCCAUGGAUGACCUGGGAAACAAUACAAUGAUUAAUUUGGAGGAUUUCCAGAAAAAUAUUCAAUCAUCAACCAAACUAUUAGAAAUUUUAAAGCUGACCCAUUUAGAACAAGAUGCAUUGGAUUAUUUCCUUCGGUAUACCAUUACGUCGUCAACAACUCUUUUAGAAUUACAAUCUAUUCAGGACCCUAAGUUUGUCAAAUUACAAAAGGAAGUAACUUCUUUGGAAAAGGGUCAAAUUCAAAACCAUCUCGAUGAAAUUGAUAGAAUUAAAUCCGACAUAAACAAACUAAAUGGAAAGAUAUCCACUUCCACGAAUCAAUUAAAUCAAUUACAUCUGGAUACUACUAAUGAUAUUGAUGACUGUUUUACUCUUUUAAAAAAUUUGGAUAAUUUAGAAAAUGUUCAACUUAACCAACAAAAGACCAACUUAAAAAAUGAUCCCAUCAUGGAAACCUAUAAUGCCUGGCAAUCAUAUAAUAAAGAUAUCCAGAGAUUGAAUGACUUGAAGGAAGAGGAAAAGCAGUAUGGCAAAAGUUUGAAAAGAGCCACGGAACUUACCAAUAAUAGAAGUCAAUCGAAUGUUAGUGCGAAUAGUUCUUCCAAUUUAGCGGAGGAGAUGAAAGUCAUAAAUGCUCUCAAUAAACUGUUAUUCUCCAGUUUGACCAACAACAUUUCAAAGGAUAUUACCAAUUUCCUAAUAAACCCUGAUGACAAGUCGAUACAAUUUGCAGUAAGCAAUUUCCAAAUCAGAGUGAACUUGACUGAAUCAAACAAUAUACUGAAGAUCAACGUUUCUAGGUUGAAUGGUGCCACUAAUUUGGCAUGUCAGAAACUUACGAAGAAGCUGGGAGAGAAGUAUCUUCGAAAUGAUUCACUUUCCAGCAAUAAUAACCCACUUGUCAUUUUUGCGUUUAUAGACGAUGUGGUUAAAGAUACAGAAUCUCUAUAA